CAUCCCUAAGGACGCAACUAUAUUCGCCAAUGGAUGGGGCAUCUCGAGAGAUAAAGCACUCCACCAUGAUGCAGAUUCUUUCAACCCGUCCAGAUACCUGCCGAGGACUGAAGGAGGAAAUAAGGAACCAUACCCUACCUUCCAUUUUGGCUUUGGUAGACGGGUGUGUCCAGGUCGCUACCUUGGUGACGGCAACUUUUGGAUUGCCGUUGCAACGAUACUUGCUCUCUUCAAGAUAGAGGGAGUCAAGGAUAAGAAUGGAGUGGAAGUCACACCCACUACUGGUCUAGAUACUGGGCUGACAAGCCAUCCCAAACCAUAUGAGUGCAAUAUCCGCAUCAGAGAUGAGAAUGCACAAGCACUUUUGCGAGAAGUUGAGGAGGAGGCGCUUGCGAACAAUAUGUCCACAACAAACGCAUUCAAAGAAGCUUAGACCUGAUCGGUCCUUUGUGUUAUAUAGUGGCCACUCGGGUCCCGUGUUGACAUUAGUUGACUCUGGAUCGUAGUCAGCAUCUGAAUGACGUCUCGACUAUUGAUACAGCCCUGACAGAGC